UUGUGGUCCUGUGUAGACGGAGCCUCCAGAGCUGAGGCUGCGUUGGGUGGAAUCCUAGCCUUUGCUUCAGUGGAUUAUGAGUUCUCUGCACUCAGGGAUAACCAGCCAGCUCUUGGAUUUACUCUCUUUUUCUUGCAUGUACAUGAUCCCAUUUGGAGUCUCCAAACCCAGCAGAUUCCUGCAUCACACUCCCACACUGCUCUUCCUUGAGGAGGAAGGGGAGUCUCCCCGGUUCUGCCACUUGUGGGGUCCCUGCUCGAAGAGCAGUGGCUAAACUGUGCCACAGAUCACAGUUUAAGAUCGGAGGCAGCAGAACCGGAACGAGGACACUCAUAGCUUUUUGCUUUUGUUUCCAACAAUUUGACAGCAUACAUGGCGACUGAUGGCAAUGCUCUUCAGGUUCCUUUGCGUCAGAAGCAGAGAAAGAAAACUCAAGGGUUCUUCACGAUGAGUCGGAGGAGGAUAUCCUGUAAAGACCUGGGACAUGCUGACUGCCAAGGGUGGCUGUAUAAGAAAAAGGAAAAAGGAACUUUCCUGAGCAACAAAUGGAAAAAGUUCUGGGUAGUGCUGAAGGGAACAUCGCUAUACUGGUACAGCAAUCAAAUGGCAGAGAAGGCUGAUGGAUUUGUCAACCUGCCCGAUUUCACUGUGGAGAGAGCAUCUGAAUGCAAGAAAAAGCAUGCUUUUAAGAUCAGCCAUCCACAGAUCAAGACCUUUUAUUUUGCGGCUGAGAAUGCACAGGAAAUGAGUGUGUGGUUAAACAAGCUUGGGUUCGCUGUAGUCCAUCAUGAAUCUGUUACAAAGGAUGAAGAAUGCUACAGUGAGAGUGAACAGGAGGACCCUGAAAUCGCUGUGGAGACACCACCCCCUCCUUACUCUGCAGAGACUUUCUCUCCUUUGGCUGCACAGCAGGCAUCUUCCUCUUCACCCAAAUCUUGUUCUUCCUCUUCCUCGGAAAGUACCAUAAAGACAAACAGCAGUUUGGCCUCCUUAUCUAGAGAGAGACAGUCCUGGAUCGACAUGGUGAAUAGUUCUGCCACGGCUGACGAUGAGGGACAGUCUAUAACAUUGGCUGUGCAGGUUCACUCAUCUACACCCUCAGAGGCAAACAGUUGCAGGGCUCUGGAAAACAGCUUUGCCACAUCAGAAAGUGGAUUUUUGAACUCUUUGUCUAGUGAUGACACGUCUUCACUGAAUAGCAACCUAGACCAUCUGAUUGUCCCAGACAAGCCCGCUGGAUCCAAGAUGGUGGACAGAGAAGAAACAAAGUUGUCUGAAGAUGAUGAGAUGGAGAAACUCUACAAAUCAUUAGAACAAGCCAGUCUCUCUCCCCUUGGGGACCGUCGACCUUCGACCAAAAAGGAGUUGAGAAAGUCCUUUGUUAAGCGAUGUAAGAAUCCAUCCAUAAAUGAGAAACUUCACAAAAUCCGAACCUUGAAUAGCACACUGAAGUGUAAAGAACAUGACCUGGCCAUGAUUAACCAGUUGCUGGAUGAUCCAAAGCUGACAGCCAGGAAAUACAGGGAGUGGAAGGUGAUGAACACGCUGCUGAUCCAGGAUAUCUAUCAGCAGCAGCGGGCCCCUACGUCUGCCCAUGAAAGCAACCCUGAGGGACUUGAGGAACCACCUUCCUCUGCCUGUGUUGAAAAUUCUAUUUGAGAACAAGCCAGCAUUCUCUCCCCUGCUAUCUUACCCCAAGUGACUCUUCAAGAAGUUGCAAGAGCUUUCCAUCCAAGGAAAACUGAAACCAGUUUCUCAAGCAUUGGCUCCUUCUCUGAAGAAGCAAGUGAGGUGAGGACCCACUCUGACAGCAGACUCUUCGUUCCAGUUGGAGGACUUUCAUCGAGACUGGAGGGGUGGAGAUCAGUUGAACAAACUUCGUGUUCCUGCUCGGAGCUCUCAGUUAUGCUAAGCUUUAAGUGGGAAGUGAGAAGUGUAUGUUCCUUGCUUUCAAGAGAACCACGGUGUUCAAAGGACAAAGAUCACAUUUUACCAGGGAUAAUUAUUCAUAGAAAUGUUCUGUUUUCCAAAAAAGAAGAAUGUACAUAUUCCCCCAGCUUGGGUAGUUUAAUUCUUCAAAUCAUUCCUUGGAGUGGAGGAACGUGUCUUACAGCAGAAACUGGAAUGGACAAAGGUGGUUUUUUGGAACCCAAAUCUCUCUGGAGUAGUGGUGCCUUUUCUAUAAGCUGAGAAAUACUUCGUGGUGAUUGGUGUGUGGGAGAGCCCAAGGGGGAGCCAUGUUCUAUUGAAAACCCUCUCAAAGUACAGUUUGAUGUUUCUACACUUGACUCAGGGGUGGAGCAGAGAGGAUCUGAUUAAAGUUUCCUUUCGACAGAACAACUAAAGAAAUCUAUCUCAUUGUGUGUAGAGACCUCUACUUCCUCCUAGCUUUUCUAAACCACUGCAGGAGAUAGAAAUAAGUCCACCAAAGAAUGCUUGCUGGUUUUGUCUCGGAGAGUGGUGCCUAGACACAGUGUCAACUUAUAUCCUGUCUCCCCAGAUCAAGAUGGACAAGAUAAUUCUGGUGUCUGAAUGGGUUUGAUAUCUUUACUCCUAAAACACCCAACAAAAACAACAAAAGACUUAAAAUAUGAUUGUUUUAUUUUUGUAUGUUUGUGUCACCUUGUGUCCUAUGUGAAUAGCUAUCUAUAAUACGUUUGUUAUUUAAGUAUAUUUAUAGAAGGUCAAAUUACUAGUGUUUUAAAAGAUGGUAAAGUAAUUAUAUGUUUUGCUCAAUAUAUAUUCUUCAAGUAUAUACUUUUUUGCUUGAGAAAAUAGGAAUACUGUUGAUCACUGGAAUUAUUAUGUUGCACUAUAAUGUAUGAGGAAUGCUCAGGCUAUCUUGUGGGAUAAAUGUGGAGGCAUGUAUUAAUAAUUAUUCAUUUUCUGGCUUCUUUCUCUCUCUCUCUCUCUAUCUCUCUGCCUCUCUUUCUCAGCCCAGAGUGCUCAGAAUUCUGUCACUCUCUUAACCGGAAAAGGACAUUCACCUUAGGUUAUUUCUUCUAGUAAAUAGACUUUUUAAGCUUUAUGCCAUUUAUGCCCACAAACCCUAAACCAAAUGAAACACAACUAAUAUAGUCUUUUGUCUAAGGUCUAAUAGAAAUUUUGGGGUUUUCUGUUAAAGAGAACUCAUUUUAUUAGAGAAUAUGAAAAUCGUCCCUUAUUAAUCACCAGGAAUAUUUUUCAUCUUACGAAUAACCACAACCCACCAAAAACCCAUUUUGCCCUUAUCCCUAGCUAACCGUCAGCCCAACAUGGGCGUGUUUCAGAGAGUCAAUGUGUGGCUUGACAUUCAAAUGGAAAUAACCCACUGAAUUUUAUUUGCAGACCAAAUGGAAAGAGUCCAUGAAGGUUUCCCCAAGCUUUACUCAGAAGUGUUAAUACUUUGUAAACAAAAACAACCUUAGUAUUAAGAAAGAAAAACAACAGGAAACGAGUCAGAGUACUGUAAGUUUUUCUGUAAAAUCAGAGGGGAUGCCUAGCCAACCUUUAGGAGCCCCUGCUCCUAGUGGGAUGUGCUGGGGGAUGUGCUGAGGGAAGGACACAGGCUUACACAGAAGCAGGGGCUUGGCUUCCAGUGAAUUUACUCUUAGCUUUGCUGCUGGAGAGAAGGAACCAUGUAGGUCCUCAGAUGGGACCCUGAAACUUCUGCUUUGAGAGGCCAGUGCUUUCAUCUUGUUACUCUGAGAGUUAUCAUUGACAAUUUCUACAAUUAGCAGCUGUUAGAAGGCUCAUUGUUUAGGAUUCACGAUGUCAAAGAAAUGUUGAGGGAAGAAGUACUAAUGGAAGAGAUGGAAGAGAUAAUUGUUGGGCAAAGUUCUCUUCCACCUUUUAUUCCCUCAGCCUGAGACACCAACUUAGAAACUUCAAAAUAGUCUUUAAAUUGAAGUGUUUUAGAGAAGCUUUUGGCCAGGGCUUGUGAGUACAUGUCAGUGCUUUGCUUUGGCUUCUCAGUAAGACACACAUAACUCACCCGUUAGUGUAAAGUCCUUUAGGAACGCUCAAACUUGAAGGCAAAAUGGGUCCAUGAGAUUACUGAAUUGAACCUUUCAGUUAUUUUUCAAAGUCAUCGGUCCAAAAAUGUUGGCUUUGUGAAAGCACUUACCCCACAGAAUCUUCCCAGAGGUUCAGACCAAACUGCCUAGUCUUGGACUCCCUCUUCUAGACCAAGCUUGCCUGCUUCUCAGUGUUUCCCCCUCUAUAAAUGCUUCCACUCUGCAUUACCUCGUGUUAGGAAGUAGGGAGCUGCCUCUGUUGGGUCCCAGCAUCAGCUGUGGCCCCUGAGAGGAAGUGGGGUGGGAGGCAGUAGGAAGUGACAGGCAGAGUGGGUUGAGACCUUCCAUUCCACUCAGUUUAGGAAUAACCCUGCCAUUUUUCUGGUGCAAAGGAUAUUGGGAAAACUGGAUUACUUCCAGUUUAUUCCUGGGAAUUGGGGCAUCUCAGAAAUGGAUUUUGGGUAGUUUCAUGGGGGCUUAAGGGGUGACCUCUUUCUCCACCACUCCUGUAGACAUAGGAUCUGAGGGCUGUGGAAUGACCCAGAACCAUGGCUGCUCCGGAAGCUGAGGACCUGAGCAAAAUCAGGUCCUGGCACCUGAUUUUGGUGGAUUAGGAUCUGGAUGUGACACCUCUUUGGGGCUGCAGGGACGACCCCUCCUCUCUUCGGUGAGCCUGUAGACCCAGACUAUGCUUGGUAGGGUACCUCCAAGACACACUCUCAGUGUAGCCCACACUGACCCAGGAUGAAUCAUAAUGUAUACAACCGCAAAGACUCUAGGAAGCCUAAGAAAGAUGGUGUUUGUAGUCAGAUUUCAAUGUGAAACCCAAGCCUUACAUUUAUGUAACACUUUGUAGUUUGCCCAUCUGUGGGUUCAGGCUCCCUCCCACUUUGCUCCCCAGUGGUCUUUGCGGGGAUGAUGGUGGAUUAUCAUUCCUCCUUUUUUGCCAGGGAGGAUAUUAGCUUCCCUAAACUCCCUUUCUCACCCUUUCCCUUGCACAGUUAUUGUUGGACUCCAGUCCCAUGACGUGGGGUUUAUGUAUGUGCAUUGCAUUGGACCGGGCACACCUGUGGGGGCUUUGGUGAAGUCAGCCACGGGCAACCUGAGGGAGCCUCUUUUCCUUGAGCACAGUCUCUUCCUCAGGGCUGAAGGGCAGCUGUCCCUUCUGCAGCCACUGGCUUCUGGGCUGACUGGAUUGCGGUGUGACCUAGUCACCCUGUGCUUCCUUUCCUGCCUUCUGGAAAUUAGACUGCUUGUUAGGUACUGUGAGAUCCUUGGAUGAAAGAGGUAGUUAAAGAAAUGGAAUUCAUUUAUUUUCUUUUAAAAGCGUUUCAGGAGACAUCAGAGAUGGAGCCUCGGAAACAGGAGUAAGAUUCUCCACCUUCGUCUCCUGAUUUCUUCUCCUGCAAUUAUGGUAGCUUCCUCAGACUUCAAAUGACAAACAAUACCACAAAGCUGAAACAGAUAGAAAAAAAAAACACAAAACACUCUAAGUCUUUUGAGGAGAGGUACUAGACAAAUUCCAGCCAUAUUUAAAUGCACGGACUCACACCUCUUUUACGAUGCUCUCCUUGAAAGAUAAUAUUUUGAUAUAGAGCCACACAGAUUUAAGUGAGUAAUUUAGGUACAGAGGAUGCCUAUCCAAAACGAGCCAAUAUAAUAAAACUAACCAAGAACCUUUGGUUAGUUUUAGUAUAUGCCUCUUCUUCAGUCUAAUAAAAUACGAUAUUUGAGAUUUUCCAUUUUAUUUUCCUUCUAGUUUUUUUGUGUGCUUACCUCACGAGAGAAAUCGAGUCCUAGAAAUGUCAGGUGACCGCCCUGCUAGGGUUUUGUAAUGUGUAAUUAAAAGGGAAAGUCCCUGAAACUAGGUUUUAACAACCGAUAUAAAAUGGGUGAGAGGAGGAAUAAUUCUAACCUUCAAAGUAAGCCACCCCUCUCUGUGAGAAAGAUACCAAACAGCUCCCUGUUUCCCUUCGUGGGGAGACAAGAAACAGUUUCUUUGCUUCCUCUGCAUAUUUCCCCUUUCCCAUACUACCACAAACCACAGAAAACAUGAAAAAAAUGAUUCUACAUUUGCAAAGGUUCUUCCAUAUCUCUUCUUGUGAGACGUAACAGCUCUGUAUUGGUAUUUCUUUGUGUUGAGUCCAAAAGGGGAAGCAUGCUCUGUGGAGACAUUAAGCAUCCCGUAAUAAACACCAGGAUCUGUAAUCAUCA